CCGUAAUAAUAAUCGUCGUGUCCGACGAAACCAUAUUCGCACCCGAAUCGACCCAAUGAAUGAAUUUAACAAGCGUGAAUUCAGGGCUCGUUUUCGGUUUCACAAAGACGAAGUUGGAUAUCUGUACCAUUUAAUUGAUGGUCCACGAACAUUGGAUCCAAUUGUCAUACGUCGAAAUUUUACUUUACCCGGGAUUACUAGACUUCUGAUUGCAUUACGGUUUUACGCCAUUGGAACAUUCUAUCAAGCUAUCGGCGAUUUGUUCGGCGUUACUAGAGAUACUGUCCAAAAAUCUGUGUUUGACGUAUCAUAUUUAAUCGCCAGUAAAUUACGAAAUCGUUUUAUUUCACUGCCACGGACACCACAAGAAAUACUGAAUGCGAAAUCGGAGUUCAUGCGGCUGAGCGGAUUCCCACUUUGCAUCGCUGCAGUGGAUGGAACGCACGUCCUCAUUCAAUCAUACGAAGGUCAUGAUGCUGAGAUUUAUCGAAAUCGAAAAAUGACAUUCUCGCACAAUUGCCAAGUGGCAGUUUCAGCCGACGAUCGAGUCCUCGAUAUCGUGUCACGUUGGCCCGGUUCGGCACAUGAUUCGACAAUUUUUACCCAUUCAAAUAUGUAUCGUCGCUUCAGCUUUGGUGCAUUUGGCGAUUCUUCGGUAGUUGUUGCAGACUCUGCAUAUCCACCAAAUUAUUUUAUUUGCAAACCAUUGGAAACAGUCGAUAGUGUUGGUAAACAAAACUAUCAAUAUUGUCAAAUUAAAACUAGAAAUGUGGUUGAGAGAGUCAACGGCCAAUUGAAAAGACGAUUUGCCAUUUUAAGAAUGGGACUCAGAUUCAAGACAAACAAAAUUGCACAAGAUAUUGUCGUAAGCUGUUGCAUUUUGCACAAUUUACGUAAAGAAUUCGACCAAAAACCCAAACACUAUACACCAUUAGAACAGAGACAGCAGAUUGAGAUUAGUGAACAUUUCCAACAACACGCACAACACUCACAACAAAUUCGAUUGCAAAAUUAUCUGAUUGACAAUUACUUUCAAUAA